AUGGUAACCAACGCUUCAAUGAGCCCUACAGACUGGGAGAUUGGCUGGUUUAUUCAAGAGCCAUGGUUAGACUUCUUAUACGCACCAACGUCUUUGACAGAAUUAGACCGAUAUAAGAUGAAAAAGAGAAACAAAAUUAAGGAGCGACAACUCAACAACGACCUCGUCCCUACGGUCAAGAUGAGUAUCGACAUUGACGCCGCUUUGGCGCGUCUAAGCGACGAGUUCCAGGACCGGCUGAAUGACAUUCAGAAGGAGUAUCUUACUAAGCUCAAUGAAGUUGCCAGCGAAGCUCGGGCAGCACAGUCGAAUAUUCAAGAAGCCACAACGAGGGACAAGCUAGAAGCGACCAUUACGACCUUGACACAAGAGCGAGACGAAUGGAAAGCCAAUGCUGAGAUCCAAGAAGGACACAUCAUCGAGCUUACAUUGCGUCACAACGAGAGUCUUGCAGCCCAGAAGAAACAUUUGGAGGGGUAUGUACACAGACUGGAGGAACUAGAGCAGAAGAAGGACCGCUUGUUGUCUAGGGUCGUCGAGACGGGCAAAACCGCAUACACCACGGAGCAAGCGAGUCUUGCACUUGAAAAGAAGAAUGACUGCCUGAAUGCGCGUAUCGAGAAGGUGGAAGCAGCACUGAGUAGGGAGAGACAGCUGAAAGUAAAGUAUUGGGAAUCAUUGAUGAAUGCUACACACACGUCAAAAUUGACCAUUGCAUCCCUGGAAGAGGAGGUUAGGCGUUUACUUAAAACUGUGGAGGUUACUGAAGAGACAUGCAUGAGGACAGUGAUGGUUGAGAGGGCAACCAAACAGCCCUGGCUCGAAGCGUGGAAGACAGAGCGAGAGACCUCGGAAAGCCUGCGCUGUUUCCUGCGUACAGAGGUGUCUGGCAAGGCACAUAUGCGGGACCACGCAACCAACGCAAAGUUCGGCAUAUUCGUUGUCCCUAUCACCCUGCUAAUUCGCAAGGAGGAUUUCGAACACGUCCACCGCGAGUCAGGGUGGAUGGAUUGGCAGGAUCGUCAGAAUGCCGAGUUUCGCGAUUGGUAUGACGAAGAGAAGGGGGCCGUCAUCGAAGAAGAGGAGGACUCUGACUGGGGAGAUUGGGACAAUGAGCAUCGCAUGAAGGACUACCGGGCUGAGCCUGGAGAAUGUGAAGAGGCAGCUGAAGAAAAUGAAAAAGAAGCCGGAGCUUACGAAGACGAAUACUGCGGACAAUCGGAAGAGGAACAAGACGGGUCUGAUUAUGAGCGGGGUAAUUCAGAAUCGAACGACUGGGAUGUUACAGAAGCUCGAAGGCCACCCCCAAAGGAGCAACAAAAGGCAACCAUUAUCGGUCGCAGGUGGGCGGUGGGUGAUGCUGUACUCCUUUCGACAGGAGUAGCGAGUACCGGACAGUGCUCUAUGGGAGGCUUAAAGAAGUUUGCUCGUGGAGCACAAGAGAGCUACAACGCCUACUGUUGA